AUGGGAAGGUUAAAUUUCUCAUGUCUUUUUCCUGCAUCAUGGCAUUUCAGUCUGUCCUCACAAGUUCUUCCACGGCUGCUGAUUCCUUCAUUCAGACAGUGGGUACUUGUAGGUCUCAUUGUUGGGCUCAUUGGGCUGCUGUACUUUCUGCUUGCAACUGGAAAGGGUCCUGUCAUCUGGCCCUCUAAAGAAAAUCUUAUUCACAGGCACCUGGCCAGAGUGACUAUAGAUGCGACGGAUACAAGCAACCCCAAUCUGAAUUAUGGUCUGGUGGUGGACUGUGGCAGCAGUGGCUCUAGAAUGUUUGUUUAUUGCUGGCCCCAACACAACGGCAACCCCCAUGAGCUACUAGACAUUCGACAAAUGAGAGAUGAGCACCGAAAACCAGUGGUCAUGAAGAUAAAACCAGGCAUCUCUGAACUUGCUAAAACUCCUGCAAAAGCCAGUGAUCAUAUCAAACCGCUGUUAGAUUUUGCUGCACAACAUAUUCCCAAAUAUAAGCACCAAGAAACACCCUUAUACAUUUUGUGUACAGCUGGAAUGAGAAUACUUCCUGAGAGCCAACAAGAAGCACUUCUUGAAGAUUUGCGGACAGAUAUUCCAGUGGACUUCAACUUCCUUUUCUCUGACUCUCACGUGGAAGUAAUCUCUGGAAAGCAAGAAGGUGUUUAUGCAUGGAUAGGCAUUAACUUUGUCCUGGGAAAGUUCAACCAUGUGUAUAAUGGCCAUAAUGAAGGAGAAGCUGUAGUUGAAGUGAACGUCCCAGGUGGUGACCAGCAGGAGGCGCGAGUGAGGAAAAGGACUGCUGGUGUCUUGGACAUGGGUGGUGUCUCCACGCAAAUUGCUUAUGAAGUACCCAAAACUGUAAGCUUUGCCUCUCCACAGCAGGAGGAAGUGGCCAAAACUUUUCUGGCUGAAUUUAACUUGGGGUGUGAUGCACAUCGCACAGAGCAUGUGUAUCGAGUUUAUGUCUCAACCUUCUUGGGUUUUGGUGGCAAUGCAGCGCGUCAAAGAUAUGAGCAGGACAUAAUAAGAAAUACAAUUUUGCGUAAUAAGAUAUUAAAUGAGCAUUUUGGUGAAACGUUAGACUCUCCCUUCCUCGAUCCUUGUCUGCCCACUGACAUGGAGGAUGUCAUUGGAUCCUCAACACUGAAGUUCUUUGUAAGAGGAACAGGGGACUUUGAUGAGUGCAGACAACUCCUCCAGCCGUACUUGAACCGUACCAAUGAAAAUCAAACAUCUCUUAGCGGUGUCUAUCAGCCCACAAUCGACUUUGAAAACAGCCAGUUUUAUGGCUUUUCUGAAUUCUACUAUUGCACUGAGGAUGUUUUACGAAUGGGUGGAGAGUAUAAUGCAACUAAGUAUGCACAGGCUGCUAAGAAUUAUUGUGCCGUUCAGUGGAAAACGCUGAAGGAGCGCUUUGAUGCUGGAUUGUAUGCCUCUCAUGCUGAUUUUCAUAGACUCAAGUACCAGUGCUUUAAGUCUGCAUGGAUGUAUGAAGUUUUGCACACAGGCUUCUCUUUUCCAAAAACGUAUCAAAAUCUCAAGACGGCCCUUUUAGUAUAUGACAAAGAAGUCCAAUGGACUUUAGGGGCAAUACUUUACCGUACAAGGUUUCUGCCUUUGAGGGAUAUCCAACAAGAAAGCCUAAAAGGAUUACACUCUCACUGGCGGCACAGUUUUUCUUUUGUCAACAACCACUACUUAUUCUUGGCAUGUUUCUUCAUUGUGUUGCUUUCGAUUAUGCUGUACUUACUGCGGCUUAGGCGAAUCCACCGGCGUACAGCACAGCGUUGCAGCCCCUCUACCUCUGUGUGGCUGGAAGCAGGCAUCCAAUCACCCACACUGCCUAUUAACCUAUAA